UCCCCUCCUUACCAAAUCAACGUUGCUCGGUCGUGCGUGAUGACGUCACCGAGCGGCGGCGCGUUGACGUCAUCACCCCUCAACCCCCCCUCCACCACCACCAACUCAACGAGAGAAAGAGACGCUACCGAGGCCAUGACGUCCACCACAACCGCCGCCGUUUCUUCUUCUUCUUCGUCGGCUUUAAGCAGCAGCGGCGGCGGCGGCGGCGGCGGCAACAUUAACAACAGCAGCUCGGUGUACAAGAAGGAGAAGAGCAUACAGAUGAAGAACAGCGCGUCGGCGCUCUACAACAACCUGAGCGUGCUGUGCGUGCCCGAGCGCAGCCUCACCUACCUGGCCGUGGUGCAUCGCUCGUCCGUGUGCAUGGUGAGCGCCUCGGCCGACGGCCUCAACCUCUCGCACCGACAGCUGCAGGCCAAGGAGGGAGGCGCCGCCGCUCAGGCAGCAUCGCUCGUGCUGCAGGCCAGCUGGUGCAUCCUCCCAUCUCGGGUGCUGUUGGUGCUCACAUCUCUCCGUGGGAUACAGAUGUACGAAUCGGAUGGCUCUAUAAUGGUGUACUGGCAUGCAUUGGAAAUUCCCGAGACUCCAACAGCUCGGGCUAUAUUUGCAAGAGGAAUAGCAGCUGUGGGAGGUCAUUACAUCUGUGUUGGGACAUCCUCGGGGUGCAUCUUAGUGUUUGACGUCCCCGUGAAGGGCACCAACAUCACGCUGUCCGAAGAGCUGGGGCAGCACACGGAGGCCAUCACCUCUAUUGCUGCCGAGUGCUCCAUGAGAAAACCGCUGCCACUCUCCCCGCAGGACUGUGUCCCUGACCUGGUCACGGCCGAUGACAGCGGGGUGCUGUGUGUAUGGAAAUCGGGAGAGGAGUUUACCUUGCUGUACAAGCUGCCUGCAUAUGGGUGCUCGUGUACCUCGGUGGCACUGUGGGACGGCAUCGUGGCCGCCGGCUAUGGCUCGGGCCAGAUCCGUGUCUACGACGGCGCCACGGGGGCCCUGGCGGCCGAGGCCAACGCCCACGCGCGCUGGAUCAACGUGCUCGAUGUGGCCCCGGAGAGCGGGCGUCUUCUCUCAGGUGCUGAAGACUCCUUUGUGAGAGUGUGGAAAUUGGGGCGGGCAGCCGACACGGGUCUUAUUGAGAUUGAGCACAGGCACAGCGAGUGCGUGACAGAUGUCCAGAUAAGCGGUGCCAAGUUUUGCGACGCGCAGGGACGGGCCUUCGCCGUCACGGGCUACGACCUGUGCGAGAUCAUACGCUACGUGCUGGCGGCCUGACCGAGGCCUGCUAAGCGCCGCCGGCUCAACGCGUCCUUGCUGGUUUAGCUCGCCAUCCUUUCACUGUUGAGUGAAGCCGUUGCCUCCCAUCGAGUUGUGGCCAUGGCCACCCAGUUUUGCAUUUGUUGUUGUUGUUACAUUAAUAGAACCAGUUACUAAUUGGUGACUGUUUGGUGGACAGGAAUUGGCAGUGCAGCAAAAUAUGUUGUUGUGCUGUAACUUCUAUGCUCCCACGGCUAUGCUUCCCACCUUUACCAACGCACACUGACCAGCGUGCUGUAGUAUGGCCAAAUGCAAAGAUCCCCCGUAUAACCUUACAUUUUUGGGUUUAAGUGCUGUUAGUGAGCACCUAUGAAGGUCGGCACAGCACGCGAGGGGGUGUGUGGCCAACAGCAGGCCAAGCCGCCUUCGUCUCCCGAGUGGCGAUGUUUACAUACUGCACCAGGUACUCAUUUGAGGCUGAGUCGACCGAGGGGAGGCCCAGGGCUGGUUCAGACAAUCGUCACUGGUGUUGGCCGUAAGCUGGAAUCGAACCCAGGUCGCCGGAUUCGUAGCACCGUGUGCUAACGCUCCCCAGUGUGGUUAAUAACCCCCAUGACCUGCAUGGCAUGGGGAGGCCCUCAUCCAACAGUGGAAUGGCAAAAGGUCCUGUCCAUGUACAAAGCUAGUUUACAGAUGCAUUAGUGAAAAGAGGAAAUCAUAUUGUACAUUAUGACUCGGGUGUUACAUCCUUUGUUGAACGCGACAUUUCUCUCCUUUGUUAAACACAAGGCUUCUAGCGAUAGUUGUUAUUCUCUUUUCAUACAAUGAAGCAUUUUAAAAAUAUUUCCACUUUGGAGGUCACAACUUGCGUCUCGCUGCAUUGUAUUGCAGUGCAGGCGUGCUGGGCUACCACUAAGGGGCACUGCAGUCCUUUGGCGUUGAAAGCCUGACCUUUCCCUUCUUUCCUUGUUGGAAAAGGUGCAACCGUGAUGGACGUGCGUGGUGUCGACCAAGCGUGCAGCUCUCAGAUUCUCUCUUUGGGCAUUCGUUAACUUUCGUACGUGCGUGGGUUUUUUUUUUUUUAAACCGGUUGUAACACUCCCGUUUUAGCACUUGAAUCCUCUAAUCAGUGGAUUGUGCGUUUCACACUGUCUCUGCAAGAUUACGCCGAUAUGGAUCUGCCGAGUGUGGGGGUGUCUGGGUGGGCACGGAGCACCAGGGAUCUUACUUCAAAGCUUCACACUUGAGACCACCAUCUUGAAUCCCCGCCAUAAUCCUAAGCGGAAAAAAAUAAAAAUAAAUUACGUGGUUGUAGUUGACGGUCCUGUCACUCCCGUGUGCCUGGCUGAUAAUGUUACGUUUGUAUGUAUGUUGAACUUCUUUUGCACCGUACGUAGCCAACCGUGCUAAACAAACUAACACAUAAAAGCAGUUCUAAAGAAAUUAGUUUUCAAUCUGCUUAUGCUCGUUGGAUAGCAGUCUUGGUCAUUUAGAGGAUAUCCUUUUAUUUAUAUUUACACGCCACUAAAAGUUGCGUAGAGAAUAUCCAUGUUUUUGGUCUUUAUUUCUAUAGUUCUUAUUGACUCGGACAUAGUGUACAUUUUGGAAACUGGGUAAAUAAAUGUGAACACAUAAUUUGAUGCCUGAUAAAGGCAGGAAGGAAGAUAUAGAAAAUUUUACGAACAGCAGUUAAUGUAAAAACCAUUAACUGAAUAAUCAUGAUCUUGACUUAAAGUUUUCGUGACUGCAGGAAUUCAUAUUCUUUGGGUCUUUCGGUAAAGCCACGUAAAUGAUUAUUUUUCUAUCUACGUGGCUUUACCUAAAGACCCAACGAAUAUGAAUAAUAAUAUUUUAUCACAAACCCAUUGUAUAAUCUAUCUCCAUUUGUUUUAAAUAUUUUUUUUUACUUAGAAAUCACAACAUGUAACAAUUUGCACGGUGCUUAUUUAAACACGCUUGGAAAAUGUUGCAUUUAAAAGCAGUUUUUAAGGUGUGUGUUAUAGUAUUUGAAAGUUUGCUGCGUGUACCGGCCAGUCUGCACAGUUUCUCCUUGACGCGAGUGUGUCGUUGACGACAUGGCAACUGGUCGGCAUCUCAUCUGGUUAGUGUACUAAUGUAGGCUGUUGUCAGUUUUUGCUCCGUGCUCUUGGAAGGGGGCUCCAGCUCGCAUAUUCUUUGAUAAAUAAAUGACUUGUGAUGUGA